AUGGGGAAAUUCUCCCUGUAUGAUGACAGAGAAACACAAAUGUUGACUGUGAGUAUUAGAAAUGUAACUGAGCAGGACUCUGGUGAAUACUGGUGUGGAGCUGAAGCAGCCUGGACAUCUGAUCAUGGAUACAAGGUUUAUUUCACACAGAUCGACCUGACAGUUACUGAUCCACAUGUCCCAGUUUCAACCUCGAUAUCAACACAACCUUCAUCAUCAUCAUCAUCAUCCUCAUCAUCAUCAUCACCAUCAUCAUCAUCCUCUUCUGAGUCUACUCCAGCUUCUCCUCCAGCAGGAUUUCCAGCUUCCACUGUGAUCACUGUGUCUGUAAUUCUGCUGCUGCUUCUGAUUGGAAUCAUAUUCCUCUUUGUGAUUCUACAUAAGAAAUGCAGGAUACAAGCAGGUACAGCUUCUAUUGGUGAGAGUUCUGUCCAAGGCUCAGGAAACGACCAAGAGGUAACUGUCUUCAUCAGUGUGUGUGUUCAGUACCACAAUUUACUGUCUUUGAAAAUCCAUGAAAACAUUUAUAUGUGUUGUUUCUGUUUCUCUGUGCUUACUGUCUUUGAUUAUGAGGAGGUUAAAGACACCAGACGCCGGUCUGCCUCAGACGCUGGAAAAAUUUACUGCAAUGUUCAACUAGCCACAAUCCCCUCUGAUCCUCCUCAAAAUGUUUAUGCCAACAUGUAGUUGAAAUGUUUACUCUACUCCUCAAUUACCCACAAUCCCUCCUGAUCAGGAAAUCUACUCCACAGCUCAGUUACCCACAAGUCUCUCUGAUUCCUGAGUCAGUGCUGAUCAGCAGUUAGUUGAGGAAUCUGCUGAAGGCCUGAAUUAUUGGCUAGGUUAUAAUAAUUAGGUCUCCAAGCAUCACCAUCAUCAUCGUCAUCAUCAUCAUCAUCAUUCCACAUGUCCAUUCAUCCCAGUCAGUAUUUUUCAUCUUCAGUAACUGUGUCCUGGUCAGGUUUGUAGUAGAUCUGGAGCCUCGGGAACACUGGACGUGAGGCAGGAAUACACCCUGGGAGGAACACCAGUCCAUCGUAGCUUCUGGUAUUUUCUCUAAUUUUACAAUAAGUGCAGAUUGUGAUUUUUCUUUAAUAUGAUCACUGCUUGUGGCUAUAUUCAUCUUUGUAUUUUCAUCCAUUUUGAAUAGCUAUAUGAACGUAUGGUAUGUACUGAGUGUGGUGUGUAUUGUAUGUGUGGACUAUGGUAUGUUUGGAAAGAAAAGCAGUAUGUAUUAAUAUAUGGAGAAAGGUAUGCAUUGUACUGUAUAUAGGAGUAUGAUUUUAAAUAGUAUCUUUACAGAGAGUGAGUGCUAGAAGAAAGAGAGAAGUGGAGACAUUCGUCUUAUCUUAACCCCAAAGUCUCAAAAUCAGCUUGACCCACUCACUUCACUUUCACUUCACUUUUUUUUCACGUUGUUGUUCAUUUUUACUUUGUCUUAUAGUGACCACACUCAUUAUUACUGCUCUGCGUACUUAUAUCAGCCAUCCUCAUGCCCUCUGUUUCAUAAUCAAGAAUUCUGUCGUGUAUGCUUAUUCAGAUAAAAGCACAAAGUGUAUUUUUGCCAUUUAAAUGAUUUUUUUUAUGUUUAAUUCAUUAUGGACUGUUCACUUUUGAUGUUAUCAGCAGGAUGUUAUGCAAUAAAUAAACUUUCUCAAGUGCAUAGUAUUGUUCCUAAGCAGGAAGUUAUCAUCUCAGGCCAGUAUUUACACCAAUAUAUAAGAUUAU